AUGAAAAGACGUUUUGAUCCUAUUUCAUCCCAAAUACUGGCUAAAAUAGAGAGUGAUCAUGUAUAUAUCAGUCACGUUAAUAAAGUUGAUAAUUCAGCAGCAACAAUUUUAACAACUAGACCAGAUUUAUCAUCGCGCCAUCAACUUAUUCAAAGAAAACAAGAUGCAAAUCUAAGAAAAAUGCGAAACAUGCCAAAGAAAACAAGAAAGUUUAUUAAUGAAAGAGAUGUCGAAUCGAAAUAUCCGUUUAAUGUCGAUGUUAGAAGAAAUAUUGAAUUUCAAGCAACAAAAUUUUCCGAUUCACGGCAUGCACCUUCUGAAAUUCUUACAAAACCAAUGUUUAAUACAGUUGCUCAAAACGUUAAUUAUGAUUCUGAAGAAUCAAUGGAUGAAGAUGAAGUUAAUCAGCUUACUCAGCAAGCCCAAGAAAAAGAACCGCUAUGUAAAAGGGUUGAUUACUCAAGACUCCCAGGAAUGGAAGUUGUUGAUGAAUUACUCAAGACAGAGUUCUCUUCUGAUGGUUCUGAUGAUGAUAACACAGAUCUGUGA